AUGGCGACAGUAAACCCGUUUGAUUUGCUGGGGGACUAUGAUACGGAGGAUCCAUUGCAGCUGAUUGCCUCUCAGCAGCCCAAGAAAGCCUCGGCUCCAUCGGGUAAGCCGGCGACUAAGCAGCAGAACAAGCCGGCGGCGGCUAAGCUUCCCUCCAAGCCCCUACCCCCUUCUCAGGCUGUCAGAGAGGCAAAAUCUGAUUCCUCACGAGGAGGCCGUGGAGGCGGGCAUGGUCGCCGAGGCGGUUUUAGCAAUCGUGAAGUUGGUGAAGGGGAAAAUGGAAGGCCUCGAAGGGCGUUUGAGCGCCAUAGUGGAACUGAGCAAGGAAACGAAAUGAAACGUGAAGGAGCUGGCCGAGGAGAGGCCGGAGAAGUUGAUGAAGGUGAUAAAAAUGUGAAUGCUGAGAAGCCCACAGGUGAGGAGAAUGCAGCAGAAGGGUACAAGGGAACUCCUGUGGAUGAAGUUGAAGAGAAGGAACCUGAGCAUAAGGAGAUGACACUUGAAGAGUAUGAAAAGGUCCUGGAGGAGAGAAGGCAGGCCCUGCAGGCUCUUAAAACUGAGGAAAGGAAGGUUGAUGUAAAAGAGUUUGAAUCCAUGCAACAGCUCACGAACAAGAAAAACAACGAUGAUGUAUUUGUCAAAUUGGGAUCUGAAAAGGAUAAGAGGAAAGAGUUAACCGAGAAAGAAGAGAGAGCUAAGAAGUCUGUCAGCAUCAAUGAGUUCUUGAAGCCCACCAAGGGAGAGAGGUACUACAGUACUAGUGAUCACGGGAGGGACCGAGGACGUGGCUCCAGAGGAGGAUAUAGUGGUGGUGGAGAAAAUAAAGCUCCUUUCAUCGAAGAUCCAGGCCAGUUCCCUACCUUGGGUAGCAAAUGA